GACGCUGAGCACGUGGGGGAGGGGGGCAUCCCGCGCAAUCACAAGGCUUUUCUCCUCACCACGCGAAGUCGCGAGCGAUGUGGAGGGGAGCGCUCGCUGCUGUAACUGGACGGCGCGGCGGCUCGUGCUGCGCCGGGCACGACGAGGUGCUGCGGAGUCGGCGUGAUAAUGACCGCCUUCAGUGAGCGCUGCGAUGGAUGAGGGAGGUUCAGCGUCAGCUCGGGGCGGAACAACAGUGAGCCGCUGUGCCUGCCGGCCGCGCCAUGGUGUCACCUCGGCUCUCCGGACGGGGCACGCUGGCGGAGAUGUGACACGCCGGCGUCGGAAUUUAAACCGCUAUCAGGGUCCGAAAUAGACGAGCGAGGGAGAGGAGCCAUGGAGAGAGCCAAGGGGGGGACGCCGACGACGCGGGAGGAGAAGCGCAAAGACAAAAAGCCAAAGCCGGGUAAGCUCUUCCGAAGGAAAUCGUUGAAGUCCGUGGGGAGUUUCAUGAACAGAAUAAUUAAAACUUUGGGCACUUUGACCCACUUUGGAGACCCGGACGCGCGGGACGCGGAGGACGACGACGGGGGGUUCCGGAACGGCGCGCCGUGCACCCUCAGCGCCGGCUCGGGCUCCAUCAGGGGAGACGCGCAUCUGACUCGGGAGCGCGUGGUGAAGAACCCCGCGAGCACGUCCUCCUCCCUGUGCACCGGCCGAGACAAACUGCUUCACCAAUUCGCCGACAGAAUCCCGGGUGUCGUGGGGCUGAAGAACCACGGCAACACCUGCUUCAUGAACGCCGUGGUCCAGUGUCUGAACAACACGGACCUGCUCGCCGAGUACCUGGGGCUGGAGCGGUACAAGCCCGACCUCGGUCACGCCACGGUGCGCGCGCACGGGAGGAGCGCGGAGACGCGGCCCGCCGAGGGGGGAGAGGUCACGGAGCGGCUGGCGUCGCUGGUGAGGGCUCUGUGGACUCUGGAGUACACCCCGCAGCUGUCUGUGGACUUUAAGACUGUGGUGUCCAAGUACGGAUCGCAGUUUCGUGGCAACUCGCAGCACGACGCCCUGGAGUUCCUCCUGUGGCUGCUGGACCGCGUCCACGAAGACGUCCAUCCGGCCUCCCACAAUAACAACAACAAGACCAAAGCUCCCAGAAAGGGCCCCAGCGGAGCUGAGGAGGUGCUGUUUCCUGACCCCUCGCAGUCCGAGCAGCUCCGGAUCCAGAACAGCUUCGUCCAGGAACAUUUCCAGGCACAGUACAAAUCUUCACUGACGUGCCCCCACUGCAUGAAGCAGAGCAACACCUUUGACCCGUUCCUGUGCAUCUCACUCCCAAUUCCUCUUCGCCAGACCAGGUGGUUGUGUGUGGUGCUGGUGUUCAGCACCAAAGGACAGAGGUACCUGCGGGUCGGGCUGGCCGUGCCUUUGUUCGGCUCCGUGGCCUUCCUCAGGAGGAUGGCGGCUGACGAGGGGAGAAUUUCCCCAGACCAGGUGAUCCUGACAGAGGUUUACUCCACAGGCCUCCAGCGCUCCUUCUUCGAUGAGGAGGACCUGAGCAGCAUAGCUGAGAGUGAUGUCAUCUAUGCCUUCCAGGCUCCGCCCCUGUACAUCAGAGGAGGUUCGGCGCGGAUCUCAGGGUACCACCACAGCCUCCCGUCGUCUCCAUACUCCACUGGUCCCGAGGGUCAGAGGCUUCCUUCGUCGGGGACGGUGUCAUCCGAGUUCCUCAACCAAGGCGCCCCCGUGAAGAUUCUGCUGUUGGUGUGCAACGCUGCAGGCGGCGGCCAGCAGGCUGUCAGGUUUGGACCUCCGUUCCUGAUGAGGGAGGACCGAUCCAUCUCCUGGGACCAGCUGCAGCAGAGCAUCCUCAGCAAACUGUAUUACCUGAUGAUCAAUGGGGCCCAGGCGCAGAACACCAGGGUGCUGUUCAACAUCCGCGUGGUGGGAGGAUCGGCGUUUUACAGCUACCUGUCUCCUCAGGACGCGCGGCCCCUCCUCCACCCCGCUGUCGACAGAGCUCUGAAGCUGUGCUGCUCAGGAGGACCACCGCACGUGAAGCUCAUCAUCGAGUGGGAGCACAGAAUCAAAGACUGCCUGUUCGGUAACAUCCAGGAGGAGGUGGUGAAGGACGCGGACAGCGUGAGGAGUCAGCAGCAGCAUCACGUCCAACAGUACAGCUGCACGCUGGACGAGUGCUUCCAGCUCUACACCAAAGAGGAGCAGCUGGCCCCGGACGACGCCUGGAAGUGCCCCCACUGUAAGCAGCUGCAGCAGGGCAUGGUGAAGAUGAGCCUGUGGACGCUCCCGGACAUCCUCAUCCUCCACCUGAAGCGCUUCAGGCAGGUGGGGGAGCGGAGGAACAAGCUCACCACCUUCGUGCAUUUCCCCCUGGCGAGCCUGGACAUGGCGCCGCACAUGGUGAGCCGCGGCCACGGCCCCCAUCAGCCCGGCUGGACUCAGCCCCGACGGCCGGACCUGGCUCCUCCCGACUUCCUGUACGACCUGUAUGCCGUGUGCAACCACCACGGAGGAAUGCACGGCGGACACUACACAGCCUCCUGCAGGAACUCGGUGGACGGCCAGUGGUACGGCUACGACGACAGCAGCGCCGAGCCGGUGCCUGAAGCGGACGUGUGCACACGUGAAGCCUACAUCCUAUUCUACCAGAGGAGGGACACCAUCCCCCCCUGGUCCGCCAGUUCUUCAGUCACCGGUUCCACCAGCUCAUCCGCCUCCGACCACUGGCUGGUCCGGCUGGCCGGGGGCAGUGAGCGGGGCAGCGUGGUGUCGGGGGAACCUGCGCCUCUGGGUCCCAUCCAGGUCCCAGAGUCUCCUGAGCUGCCAGUGUUCGGAGAGGACCCCCCCAGAACAGCAGAGACAGAUGCGCUGGCGACCAAGCCCUUUGUCCGUGGGAGCAGGAGUGUGAGCAUGAGGUCACCAACCAAGCCCAAGGAGACUCUGAGCAGAGUUCUGCCCCUGCGCUGGUCUUUUGGCUCCAAGGACGGCGUGAGGAACCCAGCCCCGACCCAGCCGGGGGAGCUGGUGGAGUACCUGGAGUCCGGGCGCCGCCCCCGGUGCACCAAAGAGCCUAUAACAGCACUGGUGGCCUCCCCACCACAGACGAGUGCCCCGGCACACGACUGCAGCUCACCCAGCGGCAGCAGUCUCAGCCACACCGACAGAACCGCCUCCGACGCUUGUUACUCCCCCAAAGUGCCGGCGGGACAGAGCCGAGGUUGUGUCGGUAACCGGGACGAUGGCUCCCUGAAGCACAGGUCAUCCAAGCCUCAGCCUCAGAGAGGGGCCCUUCUGAUGGGCCACGUCAGCCACAGCGCACCUCCCAGCAGGGAGUCCACCCUGAGGAGGACCAAGGUGCCGACAGGGGUGACCUUCAGGACGCAGAAAGACUCGUUGCAGGCGGCCACUCAACCCGGAGACAGGAGGGGGCCGGGGGCUCGGGAGGGCCGCAGCCACGACAGCCUCCUGUCUUUCUUCAGACCCGCUUUCAUGAAGAAGGACCUCCCCAGGACCCCGGCCAAGGGGCACGACCCGCGCUCAAACGGCCCCCCGGAGAGACUGGCGCGCGGCCAUCUAGCCAAACUGUCCCUCUCCAACGGGACGCUGACCACGGCCAGCUGUGACGCCCGCGGCGGCAGAGGCCAGCUGCUCAGCGGGAGGGACCUGCAGCGCGCUCACAGCUCCAGUGACCUCCAGGCGAGGCUGGAUCUGACCUUUCGCAGGUGCGCCUCGCUGCAGAGGAACGGCGACGUGGCGCCCCCCCCGGCCCGCCGCUACGGCACUCUGCGGCGCGCACAGCACAGCACCACGUCGCUGGUGCCGCCGUGACAGCGCUGAGGGACACCAGGAGCUCGCCACCCACGGAGGCCCCCCCCCCCCCAGCAGGAGGCGUCGCCGGAGACCAAGUACAUCCCCUCGCGCCCCUUUCAUGUGCUGUUCUCAGUUCUUACCUGCGUGUGUCUUAAACUGAAUCUAUGCAGAGUUGGAUUUACGGAGGAUGCUGUUUGCAGAGCUGUCUCCUGCUAACAGGUUGUUUUACUACAGCUGAUAGUGAUUUGGUAUAUUGAGUGCUUUUAAACAUUCUUAAAACCAUCAUCUCACAUAUAUUUGCUUUGUCGUUUUCUUUCAUAUUCACAUUGUAUUACAAGUGCACUUUCUUUGGUUGAUUUUUAAAUUCCAUAUGUUUUACAUAGUCAGAGCUACUGGAGGAACAUCUAGGCUGAAGCAAAAAAUGGCCAUCUGUGUCUCAGAUUAUACAAUGUGUGUUUACUCUGUAACCGCCUGUGGUCUGUGGACGCUACAAUACAUGAAGAUAAUCUCCCUAAAUAACACACCUCAACACUUGUUCCGUCUGUUCUGUGGACGCAGGAAGCGUGUGAAUCAGCAGGUGAGCUCGUUCAGACCAAAGAGGAAUGAAAAACGAAGCCUGCCUCUUUCAUUGAAGCCGGAUUUGAAUUCUCACUGAUAAAGUGCCAACAAUAACACGGCCAGCCUAAAAAAAAACGCAGCUCGGUUUUGUUUUUCAGUAUCAAAACACAGGAUUCACGCACACACACACACACACACACACAUGGAUGAAUUGUUCCUCUGCAGACACAGAUGUAAUGAGUCCUACUGGGCAGGGUGUACUAAAGUUACCGCGUGCCAUUGAUUUGCGGUCAUCAGCCGUCCUGUUUGUCACUGGGGAUUAUGAAAGAGGGUUUCACUUCACUGUAACUGUCAUUUAACAUCACUGUUUAACUACACUUUACCAAAAGGGAAUAAAGGAUGUUUCUGAGACAUUGUUUGGGGAAUAUGGCUAGAUUAUAUUUUAUUAACUUUUUUAAAAGUCUACAUUUUGUACCUGUAAUUAUGUAAUUUAAGAACCAGAUGAAAACUGUAUGUUUUAGGAACCUCUUCAUGAGGUUAGACUAACACAAGCUGUAACCGGGGUUUGAAUUGGACACGACACAAAGAAGUCCUAUUACUGGACUUUCUAUAUUAUCUGCUCAAUGCACUGCAAGUUUUAUGGAUUGCAUAUUAAACACGGCUUUUCUCACAA